AUGCCACCACUAUCUCCGUCCACAGGCCUUACAAUCACCAACCCGCUCGUCCUAUACCGUGCUCUGCUCGCUACGAAACGAAUUGACCCGGACCCAGCCCAACAUCGUCUCGCGCUCCAUCUCCAAAAGCUCUACUAUCGCCUCAAGGACUACUCGCCCGAGGUCGACUUCAGCCACCGGCUAGAUCAGAUCAAUCGGCUUGUUAAAAAGCCUGCCAUUGAUCCGGCUGAAGCGGAGAAUAGGAAACAGCAAAAUAAUGGAAGACGCCACGGGAUCUUCUCAUCGUUGCGGGAGCAGAAGGCAAAGGCAGAUGCAAUGGCGCUCACAAGGAGGCUGACCAGUCAUGAAUCCGCUGUACAGUUGCAAUCACCUCAGGGUCUACUUCUAUACGGAGAGGUAGGAACAGGGAAGAGUCUGCUUGUAGACCUACUAGCCGACUGCUUACCCAACCGCAAGAAGAGACGGUGGCAUUUCAACACCUUCAUGCUCGAGACAUUUGCAAGGCUAGAACAACUGCGUAAGGAAAGGCAUACUGAGUCAUCGGCUAUGCCGAGAAGCGGAAGCCAAGAUGAAGAACAUUCUCUAUUAUGGCUUGCAAGGGACAUGAUCUCUACUUCUCCAAUACUCUUUCUGGAUGAAUUUCAAUUGCCGGAUCGUGCCGCUUCAAAGAUCCUAUCCAAUCUCCUUACUUCUUUCUUUCAUCUUGGCGGAGUUCUAAUUGCGACAAGCAAUCGUAUGCCAGAAGAAUUGGCCAAUGCAUCAGGCAUGGAGUUCGUCGCACCACCGUCUUCACGGCUAGGCCUCUUGGAGAACAGAUCGGGUCUAUUGGGAUCCAGGAACCAAGGCGGGAGGAGCGAGAAUAUGUUUGCCGGAAAGGGUGAUUUUGCUGCAUUCUUAGAAGUUCUACGGGCAAGAUGUGAGACAUGGGAUAUGGAAGGUGGCAAGGACUGGAGAAGACGUGAAGCUGAAGAAGAAACCUCUACUGAUACAAUGUUAGACGAGGCCAGCCUAAAAUCUAAUGCCGAAGGCUUUGAAGGUCUUGAGCCUAUGGCCCCUGGAAACUGGGGUCUGGGAUACGAACAGAGCCUACAUGUCAGGGAAACAAGUAAAGAGGUGUUUUUAAACAAAAAAGAUUCUAAAGUAACUGCACCCAAGCAUUACUUCGUAAGACCGUCAACAACAGUAUCUCAUGAGGAGCUUGUGACGCUGGACAGCGCUUGGAAGGCCUUGGAGCUCCAUGCAAUUCAAAGUCCUGCGGUACUACCAAAUGAUGACCUUGCCAUACCCUGGAAGGACACCACUCUACGAGUCUACGGCCGCAAUCUUCUGGUUCGUCGACACCUCUCUGGAGUCACCAAAUGGACCUUCGACGAGCUCUGCAGCACAAAUCUUGGCCCAGCAGACUACAUCACGCUCGCCUCAACAUUCCAUACUUUAAUCCUCACCGAUGUUCCCAUUCUUAAUUUUCUCCAAAAGAAUGAAGCGCGCCGUCUCAUAACCCUCCUCGACGCACUUUAUGAAGCCCGCUGUAAAAUACUCAUCAGCGCAGAGGCAGGCCCAGACGACAUCUUCUUUCCCGAGAUCAAACAACUCCCCGAAGACGGCGUAAGCACCGCAUCUGGCGAUGAUGAAAUCUACCCCGAAACCUUCAGUGAAAUCUUCCAAGACCAGACCUCCCCCUUCCGCCCCAACACCUCUUCCUAUAUUUCCUCGGCUUCCCCACCGUCGUAUUCCACAACCCCCCUCCCUUUCCCACAAUCUCAAGCCUCAUCAUCCCGCUCCAUUCUAGCAGACGAAGACAGCGACUUCGGUCCAGUCUACGGCGCCGGCCGAAGUCACGGACCAAGCGAUGGUGCUCCAGGUGCAGGAAACGAGAUUGGCCGGCAGUCUCCCGACUUCGCCCGUACUGGGACAUUCACAGGUGAGGAUGAGAGGUUCGCGUACAAGCGAGCUCGGAGCCGUUUGUGGGAGAUGUGUGGAAAGAGAUGGUGGGCGAGGGACGAAGAAGGGUGGUGGAGGCCUUUGGGGAAGGACGCCAGGCGCUGGGAGGGAGCCAUGGACGAUUUGGCUAAUGUCACCUCUGCCCAAGGUGCCCUUCAAGCUGAGGAGGGAAUCAACCAAGAAGAAGUGUUCAGACAUGGCGCUAGUCCUUUUCGUACGAGUCAAGAGGCUCCUCCGAAAUUUGGCUGGGAGCAUGCAUGGGGCCUUAUCAAAUGGGGGAAGAAGGCUGGGGCGUGGGGAAAAGGGGUUGAAGGACUGGAGGAGAGAGGCAAGCCAGAGGUCUCGGAGACAGAGAGGAGGAAUAAGCGACGAUGA